AGAAAGGAGGAAAGCGCCGUUAGUGCUCUCUCUCUCUCUCUCUCUCUCUCUCUCUCUCUCUCUCUCUCUCUCUCUCUCUCUCUGAGCUCUGUGCCCUACAGAGUUUCUGUAGAAGAAGAGACACUCCGGGAGAAGAGAACGCCAUAAAUUUGGCCUGUGAUCAAGUGCCGUUGUUGAAGUUGAUCGUUCGUCGAAGAGUUUUGUGAAUUAUCGAAGACUGAAAAUAUCACCAGCACUAAAAAAUAAAUAAAUAGAUAAAUAAAAAUUGCUUGGUUUUGUGAUUGUAGAGACUUAGAGACUCACACACCUCACAGACAAGACACCUUGCCAAGAAAUCGCACCGGUCGCGUCCUAACACGCAGAGAGCACACAGGAACUCUUAAAAAAAAAAUAAAUAAACACCAUUAGUAAACAAUCUUCUCUCCCAACUGUAUAUCACCAACAUCACCAACAUCUUCACCAACAUCUCUUCGUCCGUCCAUCAUCGCCACAACACCAUGUCUGCCGUGUGGUACAUCGAUCCGGAAAUGGCCACGGGAGAGCGCGAUUGGUCCGAUUCCGAAUCGGUGGCCAGUAGCGUGGCAGCCGCUUCCGAGGUCUCUACUGUGCCCGACAAAUUCGGGUUCCUGGGCGGUGCCCAGUACACGGAAGAUGGAGAAGAAUCCGUUCCUGUGGACGUGAUCAGGAAGAGGGAGAAGAAAUGGCUGCAGAUGUUCACCAGCUGGGACUCCCACAUGCUCAAGAAAUACAAAAAAGUCCGAGACAGAUGUCGGAAAGGGAUUCCGUCAGCACUGCGCGCCCGCGCAUGGCAACACCUCUGUGGUGCGCACAAACAGCUAGAACGCAAUCCUGGUGUUUUCGAGCAGCUUGCUGGAGCCCCCGCCGAUGCCCGCCUGGAAGACGACAUUCGCAAGGAUCUCCACCGACAGUUUCCUCUACACGAAAUGUUCCUACAGAAAGGUGGACACGGACAAGAAGAUUUGUUCCGCGUCUUGAAAGUUCAUGCACAAGUGUCUCCCGAUGAGUACUGCCAGGCACACGCUCCCCUUGCAGCCGUCCUUCUCAUGCAAAUGCCUGCCGAGCCAGCAUUUUGGUGCUUAAAAGCAAUCUGCGAUAAAUAUGUCCCUGGUUACUAUGCUCAUGGAUUGGAAGCCAUUCAAGUUGAUGGAGAUAUUUUGUACAAACUACUGAAGAAAACCUCACCUUCAGCUUAUAAACAUUUAAAAAAGCACAAGGUUGAGCCAGUCCUCUACAUGACAGAGUGGUUUAUGUGUCUAUUUUCCCGGACAUUACCGUGGUCUUCUGUCCUCAGAGUUUGGGAUAUGUUCUUUUGUGAAGGAGUUAAAGUCCUGUUUCGUGUUGGCUUGGUCCUAUUAAAGUAUGGGUUACGAUCCCAAGUACUCAAGCGAUGCCCCGGCAUGUAUGAAACCUUGCAGGCCCUCCGUAACAUUGAUCAUGGCGUGAUGGCAGAAGGAUUUUUGCUAUUUCAGAUGCAAAGACUGGACCUACGUGAAGAUGAUUUGCAGCGGGAACAUCAAAGACAAGUUCAGAAGCGCAAACAAAACAAAGAUGCAGCGACCAAUGGAAGAUAAGAAGGCAGUUGAAGAGGAAAGGAAGGAGCAGGAAGGGAUACAUAAUUCUUUUUUGUACACUUUUGUUGCAGCAGCAACCUGAAGGAGGGUUGAUAACUUUUAAGGUUUUGGCCAGUUAGUGAAUUCAUGAGUGGAGCUGAUUGACAUUGAGAUGUUAGGUUACAAAGGUCCAUCGGCUCAAAUUUGUUUUUAUCAGACAGUUGUGUGGGCCAUUUUUCCAAUAUGCCAUUAACAAUGGCAGGACCAAUUUCCCUCUUGAAGCUUAUGCUUUUUUUCUUUACUACUGCUCAGACAUCUGCAAAUUCAUUCCUAUAUCAAAAGUUGCUUUGUUAAAAGAUAAAAUAAGAGCAGAAAAGUUCGCAGGUAGUAUGUAGCUCAGAAUUGUACAUGGGAAGAUUACCAUUACAUAAAUCUGUUAGUAAUAUUUAUUGCAGUACCAAAUUUUAUAAAAGUUAUCCUAUUUGCCAGCACACUAUUUGGAGUGCUGAAAUUUGAAUUCAUUUUACUGUCCCAUGUCUCUGUAAAUAGGACUAGACAUCACAUUUCUAUGAAAAAAUGUCCUUUUAUGUCUAGAAUUUAUUGUUUACUUAGGUGCUGGAUUUGCAGAUGAUUCCUGAUUUUUUUUUCUCUUCCUUUCACAACUUAAAAGUCCCAUAGCUAUAACUUCAUAUCUUUCACAUUUAGUUGCAGAAACUAAAUAGGUUUUGAGGGGUUGUAUCCAUAGGGCAUUAGAUUAAAGAAUAUAUCCGUUGAGAUGUCAAUAUGUGCUUUGCAUUUUGUUAUUCAGACUUCCCUGUGAAACAGUUGUCUUGGAUCCAGCCUGCUCAUAAAUAUAAACUUCAGCAUAUCAUGUAAUAUCAGAGUACCCAACAUAAUGAAAAUGAUCAAAGGUCUUGUGGAGCAUUGCUUGUGAUGAGUGUGUGAAAUAAUAUGUAUGGUAAGAUGAAAUGGUGUACAGUAUCUGGCAAAGGAUAGCUGCAUUAAUGUUUUCAUAGUCAUGUAGGAUGUGCAGUCUUGUACAGUAGAACUGUACGCCUUAAUCAAGUUCUUAAUGCAGAAGGAAAUAGGCAAGAACACUUGUAAUAUUCAGGCUUUGAUAUCCAAAAGCACUAGAGGUCACCAUUUGGAUGUUAUCAGGUAACUGUAAAAAAAGUUAUUUUUUAUAGGCAAUGUUAUAGCCACUUCACCACUACUGCUUAUUUCUCUUAUUUGUGCCUCAACACAGGGCAAUAUUAAAUUACUUUACAAAGAGAUCAGUACUGAUUCAGUUUCAGUGCAUGGAUUAUGAUGAAAUUUUUCUCAUAAGAUUUGUAAAUUGAAAAGGUAUUCCUAACAAUGUUAUGGUGUGAUAAGUCCUUGUUUUGGCAUAGUGCACUAGACUUACUAGCUCAAGUAUAUACAUUUCCAUAUCUCAGUCACUUAAUUUUAGUGAGUGUUCUUUCAUCUUUGCAGCGAACUUCAAAAUUAGGUUACUUUACUGCAGUAUAUUCUUAUACUGCCUGGAUAUAAAACUCAUAAUUAUAUGCUGUCCAGUGAAUAGUGUGGAAAGGUUCAAUUUCUCCUUUUGUCUGGUGGCUUCCUCUAAUUGAAAGGAAGCUUUUACCAGAUUCCAUAAUAUAUUCAGUUACUGUGUGCAUGUGUGUGCUUGAAUAUGCGUAUGUUUGGCUUCUGUAUUUGCUUUGAAUACCUCUAUUGGCAGAAGUGGCGAACUAGUCCAGGAUUGAUAGUGCCUCUUGAAUGUAAGAUAGUAAUACAGUAUAUUUAGACAGGAUAGCUAUAUAUUUUGUGUCAUAUGUAAAAACUGUACAUAAAGCCCUCACAUUUGUAGUUUAUUAUCAUCUCUCAAUAUCAAAUACUUCUUGAUGACAUUUGUGUAAUUUCAUUUAUUUAUUUAGUUUCAUUGUACUAUUGCACUUUCAAGUUAUUAAGCUUGUUUAGAAAGCAAUUAUAAUCUGGUAUCAUUCAUACAUUAUAAUCAGAUAGUUUUCUGUGUUUUGUUUCUCCUUUUCUAUGUACCGUAGGUUCUCAUUUUUUCCCCUCAUGCGAUGUAUUAUUUACAUUUUUGUUUUUCUGAAACCAACUAUUGCCUUUGGGUGUAGAUCUUUACAUCACUCUUGACGGUAAAUACUUCGUACAAAUUCCACGAGAAUCUCUUGUCUUUAUGUUUUUCCAUAAAGGGAACAUAUGAUGACUAAUUGGCUUAUUUUUCCUUCGCCAAUUGAGUGUUUUUCAUAUAUUUCUUUCAUAUACAUCUCUUUGCUUCUUGUUUUUCUAAGGUAAGAUGUGCCAUUUGGAAUCUGAGAUCGAACUUGUUUUUUAACAUUUUAUUUUAACCUUUUAAGGCACUGAUGAUUUUGACAGACAGUUGCCAUUUUCUGAAGACUAUUUGGAGUAGUUUUUCCCUGCUGUUACAAAUGUUACAAAGUAAGACUUUUCAGAGCUGAAUGUAAAACAACUCUUUUGGAAAGUCAUUUCACAAGAAUGCUGAGGUAGACAAUUAUAUUUUCAUGAGUAAAUUUUUUAAUGCAAAUGAACGACAUUGCUUCCUGUUAUGUGUUACAAAUAGGAUUAGAAAAUAUGCUUCCGAGAUGAAUGAAAAUUAGACAAUACAGUUCAACUUAAGGUAUGCUUACAGUUAUUACAAUAAGAAAUCUUGGUUAUUUACUGGUAGAUUAGUUUACAAUACCCGUUUCAUGCUGGGUUGUUCUAUCCCUUCUCUUCUUUUGUUUAAGGGAAUGCAGCUCUAGAAUAACCACUUAUCAUUUAAAGUUGACAGAUUGUUGUCUGAAUGCAGGGUUGAUGUCAUAUUCAUACAGUGCAGGGUGUAGGUAUCCAUGCAGUGGAACUUUUAUAAAAGGUAGACCAUUAUGAAGUCAAAUGUUGACUUUUUAGAAUUUUAAUUUUAUCCUGAAAGCUGUGUAUCCUCAACAUGCUAUAUUUGAUAGACAGAGGGUGGUGAUAUAUUUUUAGAGGUGAUGUAUUUGCAGUUGUAAAUAAAAAGACAAAGUUGAUGCAGUUUGAAACUUAGAGUCACUUGUGGAAAAAUUUUAUGGUUUCUAUUUUCCUUUCAUGCGUAAUUUAGUUAGUUUAGGGGUUGCGUAGUUAACAAAUGUCAUUGUACUAGGAAUACUGAAAUGGAUUGUAUUUUUUGUAUUUUUAGUGAGGUUUUGCAAGAUAAAUUUCAUGCAGCAAAAGUUGAUAGCAUCAGCAACCUAGUGAAAAGGAAUGAAAUACAUUUUUUGCUUGGCCAAAAAGAAAAAAAAAAGAUGAGAUCUCUUAUACUAAAUAAUGAAAAUGCUUCGUGUAUUUGUGGAGCUUUGAAUGAAGUACAAGGUUCUUAUUUGUGUGGUGAUUCAUGUUAGGUUUUAUUAUUGCAUUAUAUAUUUUGCUGUGCUGUAUAUUAUUUAAGGCUUGCCUUUUACUAUAAAUUCUUCAUUCAAAUUUCAUGUAGCUCUAAGAAAAUUGCAGUGAAGAUAGAAAUAACCAUUGGAUUGUGAGCUAGGUACAGUACAUUACAAACAAAGGAACCUUUUGCUUCGGUAUGUUUGUCAGGACUUGUACAGUACACUUAGAAACGCAAUUCCUUUCAGGGCAUACAAAGCCAAUGUAGAAGAGUAUUUCUUUUUAACAUUUUCUGUUGCCAUUGCCUUUUGUUCCUUUUUACUUUGAAAUGGUUUAAUUAAAGGGCUUAUUUGAAAACACCUGAGAAUUCAUUUUAGUUUCAAGUUGGAUUAAACACCUGAGAAUUCAUCUUAGUUUCAAGUUGGAUUAAAUGGUUCGGCUGUGAAUGUUUAUACACAGUAUCUGUUGAUGUAGUGCACAAUUGUAUAUAGUUCAUUUUUGCCUUUGCUAGACCCCGGCAUUUUAAUGAGGUUUAUAUUGGAUUUAAUGCUCAGCAGAGGCACCCAGUCUUUGUUUUAUCAGUUGUCAAGAGGAGAUUGUAAUAGAGGCAAUGUAUUUUGCUUCUGUCAUUGGUCUUAGAGCUAUUACAUGAAGGGCUAUUUUCCUCCUUAUGUACUCAGCCUUUUUAUAUUCUUGUAUUGAGUGGCUGCUGUUUAUUUGUUUUGCAAGAGUACUGUAUCUGGAUGUGAGGCAUUUUAGCAUAUGCCUGUGCAAUAUUGACAUACAGUCACUAAAGAACCCUGUAGGACAUCAUAAUUAUUUACAGAAGUUGAUCUACCAGUUGUGAAAAAAACAAGUUCGAAUCUACUGUUUCCAUAUAGGCUUUUGUUUAAAAAGGUUUAUGGUUAUUAAUUAUGUAGGAGUGAGUGAUUGUGACCUGAAAUACAAGUACUGUUUUUGAUACUGUAAUCAAGGCUUUGCUGGAGAAUCCAUAUUAUUUAUUUCUGUUAAUUAUAAUGAUGGAAAGGUGGUAUCAAUGAGGUAAUGUAUUUUGGGCUGUUUGUAAUUGAUGGAGGGUGGAAUGGUGAGUUGUUUCUGUUUUCCAGAGUAUUUGCGCUGUUAUGAAAUACGUAAAUCAGUCAUUUUGGAUUUCCCUUUGGCACUUAAGUUCACACUGGAUUACAAAAAUGUAUUUGAAUUGUGGCCUUAUCAUCCCUUUCUGAUACUGCCUUCAACUGACAUAUAUUUUAAUGUGUCAUAAAUUUUGUAAACGAAAACUCAAAAGAUUUGCUAAAGUAGUUCUGAUUUCAUGAGAUGUUUAACCACCAUUUGUCUUUGGUGCCGUUAGGAUUUGCUUAAUGUUGCCAGUCAAAAUUUUAGAGUUAAAUUAAAGUGGAAAUAGUCAUUAUCAUUAAGAAUUUCAUCAUAGACUACUAAGCCAGAAAAGGACACUUCUUGAUAGAAUAUUUGAAAGCUUUAAAUUCUGUAAAUAUUCUGUCAUGACAGAAAAAGAAUUUGGUGCUUAAUUUGUUAAGAGGGAACUUUACAAAAAAACAAAAGCAAAAAAUGAAACAAAAAAAAUGUUGAUCUAUUUCUAAGUGUGUUUAUAUUGAAUUCCUUUUAUAUUGCACAUAUUUUGUUCGACUCCGUAUGUAUUUCUUUCAUGAAGAGAAUUACAUAGUUUGUGUUUGUGCCAUGUUAAGUGUUUGUUUCAUUGUUUGCAUGCACAGUGAUGUAUGAAUUUUUUAUAACUAAUAUCAAUAGAUUCAUGUUAUUUUAUUUCGCAAACUUGUCCUUCUUGAUGGAGGAUUACAAUAUUGUAGAGAAGAAUAAAUAGUUUAUUUAAUUAAUGAUUGUA